AUGGCGAUUGACAUCACGGCCCUAAGCGACGAGCAACAACUCGCUCUCCAACAGUUCACCUCCGUCACCGACCAAGAGCUAGAUGCCGCCGUACCACUGCUCCAAAAAUGCCAGUGGAAUGCCCAGAUAGCCAUCACACGCUUCUUCGACGGCGAUGCCGACACCAUCGAUCCUACCACUGAAGCAGCAGCAGCAGCACAACAACCACCUCCACCAUCACAAUCCGCGCGCCGCACGGAAACACUCAUGGACAGCAUCGCCUCCCCGCGCUCCUCCACCUCACGCUCACGGCGGAAUAACAACGGCGGCGGCGGUGACGGCGGACUAGAACCGGCCCCCCGCGUCGUCCCAACCCCCGAAUCCCAACUCACCCAACCCGUCCCCUUCCCCUUCUCCCUCCUCCUCCUCCCCUUCAACCUCACCUACGCCAUCUUCCAGCGCGUCCUGGGAACAGUCGGCUACAUCUUCCCCUUCAUCCCGCGCCUGCUAAACCGCUUCUACUCUGGUCGCGCUUCGCAGCCCUCCCGCGAUGUGCGGCGACGUCCGCUCAGUCCCCGCGACACCGCCGAGCGCUUCACGCGGGAGUUCGAGGAAGAGUACGGUGUCGAAGCCGGCACGGUACCGUUCCACCCCAGCGGGUACGCGUCCGCAUUCGACAUGGCGAAGAGGGAAGUCAAAUACCUCCUCGUCCUACUUCUAAGCCCCGAACACGACGACACAGCGCCCUUCAUCCGGGAAACCCUCCUCUCACCAUCCUUCCUCACCUACCUAAAAGAACCCCGCAACAACCUCAUACUCUGGGCCGGUAGCCUCGCAGACGCAGAACCCUACCAAGUCGCCUCGGCCCUAAACGCAACACGCUUCCCCUACGUCUGUUUGAUCGCGCAUACGCCCUCCGUCUCAACGACCGCGAUGUCGAAACUCGUCAACUCCGCCGGGCUAGUCGCGCCGGAGGAGUUGUUGGGAAAGUUGAGAAGUGCGAUGCACAGCCAUGAUGCGCAGCUGGAGCGGAUUCGGUCGCAGCGGCGGGAACAACUGGCUUCGAGGAGUUUGAGGCAGGAGCAGGAGAGCGCGUAUGAGCGGAGUUUGGCUGCUGAUCGGGAGAAGGCGCGAAGGAGGAGGGAGGAAGAGGCGGAGAGGGAGAAGGUUGAACGGGAGGAGAGGGAGAGGGAGGAGCGGAGGGCGGAUGAAGCGAGGAAGGUGGCCCAGUGGCGGAGGUGGAGGGCGCAGACUAUACCUUCCGAACCUGGGGUGGAGGUCAAAGAUGUGGUGAGGAUAUCGCUGCGUUUGCCGUCGGGUGAGCGCGUGGUGAGGAAGUUUAGGGCUGAGGCGGGUGUGGAGGAGUUGUAUGCUUUUGUGGAGUGCUAUGAUUUACUUUCCGGGGAGGCGGGGGAUCUGUCAGAGAAGGAGCUACAGCAACCGGAGGGGUAUAGGCAUGAGUAUCAGUUCCGACUGGUUUCGCCUAUGCCUAGGGAGGUGUUUGAGGUGGAGAAGGGGGGCACGAUUAGGGAGCGGAUUGGGAGGAGUGGGAAUUUGAUUGUGGAGAAGACGUUGGGGGAGGAGGAAGAGGAGGAGGAGGAUAAUGGCGAAGCAUAA